UGGAGUAGCUGUCACUUGCUCGUGUAACGGUAAAGUUUGUUAUAGUUUAUGGUGUGAAUUACAUCAAGACAAUGGAAGACAAGAUUAAGAAAGAUUUACACGAGAAAGAAAAUGCAAAUACCCAGUUAAAUCGCCAUGAAAAGAGGGACACACUUAUAGAUCACAUGGAAAUAUCUGUAACGGAGGCAGAGAAGAGAGAGAAUGGAGCACUCAACAUCCGGGACUUCUAUACUGUCUACUUAAUAGAGACCAAAGUAACAGACCCAGACUGGAAUGGUGCAUACAGCCGCAUAAGCAGUGUCUGGCGGCGUUACUCGGAAUUUGUUCUUCUGAGGACGUACCUAGAGCUGGAGUAUCCUUACAUCGUUCUGCCUCCACUACCUGAGAAGAAAGUUCUGUAUCCAUGGCAGAAGGCAGCCUCAGACACCUUUGACCCCGAUUUUGUUGACAGACGACGAGCUGGUCUCGAGAACUUCCUGCUGCGGGUGGCAUCUCACCCGGUGCUGUCGCAGGACCACCUGUUUGUUGGGUUCCUGCAGCAGGAGCAGGGCUGGAAGGAGAGCAUCAAGGAGACCGGCUAUCUGCAGCUGGCUGAGACUAAGCUCAAGGCGCUCAGCGUGUCAGUCCGCCUCCGUAACCCGGACAAGAGGUUCGAGGCUGUCAAGAACUACAGCAACGAGCUGCAGAACAACCUGAACAGCCUGCUACGUGUGCGAUCCAGGAUGGCAGAGCGUCUGUAUACGAUCCACAAGUUGCACGCCAACUAUGGCAGGGUGUUCUCGGAGUGGAGUGCCCAGGAGAAGGAGAUGGGUGACGGGCUGCAGAAAGCCGGGCACUACCUGGACUCGUACGCAGCAGGCAUCGACAUCCCCCUGGAGGAGGAGGAGGUGUUUGCCGACCAACUGAAGGAGUACCUGUUCUUCGCAGACGCGCUGCAGGCGGUGUGUGGGCGGCAGGAAACACUGCAGCUGCGGCUGGAGCAGGCAGAGGCGGCAGCCGGCGCUCUGGUCGCAGAGAAGGACAGCAUGCAGAAAGGUAAAUCGAGCAUAAUCUCGCGGCUGUUCGGUUCGGUGGACACGGACGAGGUGAAGGAGCUGAAGGUGAGCCUGCUGGACCAGCGGCUGCAGGAGGGCCAGAGCAGCGUGCGGCACGCGCGUGAGGAGCUCCUGGACUUUUCAGCAAAUGCACUGAAAGAUGUUGAGAGAUUCCAGCAGCAGAAGGUGGCAGACCUCCGGGAGACGCUCGCCGGAUACGUCAUGCUGCAGAUCAAUGUCUGCCGAAAGGGCCUUCAGACUUGGACCCACAUUAGGGAUUGUUUGGAAGCGAUCCCAUAAGUAAUUAGCCUUUUGAAUAUUCGAAAAGGCGUCAUUGCCCUUCAGAAAUAUUCUGCUAUUUCUUGGAGCUUGUCAUUCAUGCUAUGAAAAAAAAUUGCAUUCCAUUAGUUUAGACAUCUUGUCAUAUGUUCAUUUCACAGAUUUCUGGAUAUUUUGGGAAUGAAUGUACUCCAAAUUAUGUUGCAAAACUUUUAUAUAUAUUAUAUCUGAAAACUACUGCAUUGGAUGGAGAUAGUCUUUGUAGACAAUAAAUUAGCAAAUUGAUGUAUUUUUUUGAUCUGAUUUAUUAAUUUUUCCUGAAAUUUGUGUAAAGGAAACAUUGUUUGUACUGACUAGAUGAUGUCUAAGAACUUGUAUAUUUAUGUCAUUUAAAUACUGCUAAAAGACAAUCUUCACUGAAUUGUAAGUAAAUUAUAGGGUAGUGAUUGUGUAAAACUAUUAAGGAUCACUUAUUCCUGUGUGCUAAAAGCAAACUUGAAAUGUAGUAGUGUUUGGAAAACUAUUUGUUGCAUUGACUGUAAUAUUAACUUGUAUUUAUUGUAAUUAUUUUGGUAUGUAGCCUUUUGGUUACAUACAUUAUUUAUUAAAUCACAUUUAUGUGAUACUGAUGUACUGAUUCUGAUGACUCUCCGUAGGUUUUUUUUAAAGAAACAGUGGAAUUAAUAAUGAAAUUCUUUGUGUAAAGUCUUGUGGAAAAUUCUUUGGUAUGUUUAUUUCCUUUGUGUAAUAAUGCAACAAAGGAAACUCUGACAUGUCAUGAAAUUAACUUUGUCUUUGAUUUGAGAUGAAUUGGAAUAGUUUUAAGUGGUAUCUCUCUCUCUCUCUCUC